AUGAAUCUAGACUUGAUCAUUUCUUUUCUCAUAUUUGACAUUGUCCAAGCCCAAACCGAUUAUUCACAAUUUGUGAAUGUGUUUACUGGAACACAAAAUGGAGGCAACGAUUUUCCGGGUGUUGCUCGACCUUGGGGAAUGGUCAAACUUGGCCCCGAUCUUCUAAUCCAGGGUACCGACUCAUAUUCUGGCUAUCUUCCUAAUGGAAACUUCUCAGGCUUUAGUGUGAUGCAUGAGCAAGGUACUGGAGGUGCACCGAAAUAUGGCACGGUUGCCCAACUACCUUUGGUGGGCACAAUCACCAACCCUUUGUCAAGUAUAACUGUCGGCAGAGCAGUCCCUGACCAAGGCUCUGUGGGUUACUAUCGAGCUCAGACAAGUGAUAAUGUUGUUGUCGAGCUUGCUGCUACAUCACACGCUGGACUCUACCAAUACACGUUUCCUCCCACCAGCACUGGGAACAAUAUUCUGAUUGAUGUCAGCCAUGUGGUGCCAUCUUUCAGAGGUCAAGGCUUGAGUCAAGCAUACGAUGGAGGAAGCUUUCAAAUAUUUUCAGAUGGCCAUUAUGAGGCAUCUGGUGUAUACAAUAACGGAUGGAAUAGAUCUCCUGAUUGGACGAUAUACUCAUGUGGCUAUUUUAACGUAACACCCUCUGCAUCGAAUGUAUAUGCCAAUACUGGUGCUGGUAGUGUCAUCCAGCUUAGCAAAUCAGCUACUUCGGCUGACUUGAACACUGCCGUUGGCGGGCUUUAUACAUUCAACACUACUGCUGUUACAUCGAGAGUUGGGAUUUCCUGGAUUUCCACGGAAAAGGCAUGCCAGAAUGUCAACGAUGAGAUCUCGAGUGAUUCCACAUUUUCAAAUGUCGUUUCUGACACUAAAUCUGUUUGGAACGAUGAAGUUUUAUCAAGAAUCACAACUACUUCUACCAAUGCGACCAAUCUUGGAUUGCUAUAUACAUCUAUGUAUUUCAUGAGUCUUCUUCCAACAAAUCAAACAGGAGAAAAUCCAAGAUGGACUUCCACCGAACCAUAUUAUCAAGACAUAUUCACUCUUUGGGAUUUAUUCCGUUGUGGUACAGCUUUACUUCACGUCCUUCAGCCCACUGUCUACGAAGAAUACAUUCGCUCCUUGAUAGAUAUUUGGCGUUUCGAUGGCUAUAUGCCCGAUGCUCGCUCUUCAAAUUAUAAUGGUCGGACUCAAGGGGGUUCCAAUGCUGAUAAUGUCCUCGCCGAUGCUUAUGUGAAAGGUGUAAGAGGUCAAAUCAAUUGGGAUGAUGGCUACGCAGCCAUGGUGAAAGAUGCUGAAGUCCAACCUAACAAUACCGUUCCACCUGACCCAAUGGCUCCGGACUCAUCAGCAAAGGAAGGAAGAGGCGCUUUACCUGAUUGGAAACAAUAUGGCUAUAUCACUCCGACAUAUAGUCGUGCCGGUUCUCGAGCAGUAGAUUAUGCAUACAAUGAUUUCUCAGUUUAUCAGGUAGCCAACGGAUUGGGGAACACAGAAGAUGCAGCCAAAUAUCUAGAUCGCUCACGAAAUUGGAGAAACCACUGGAAUCCCAAUUUGACUUCUAUCGGAUACUCAGGAUUUGUGGUUCCUCGCACAGCAGCAGGUUCUUCAACGCCUUUUGUUACUGUUGAUCCUUUGACUAAUAUUGGAUACUGGGGUGAUCCAUUUUAUGAAGGUAGCUCAUGGCAUUAUUCUUUCGGUGAUGUUCAUGAUAUGGAUACUAUCAUUGAAUAUAUGGGAGGAGAUGCCACAUUUUACAAGAGAUUGGAAACAAUGUUUACCGUUGGCGCGAAUCCUAACAACCCAGGAGGUAUUAUCUUUGAUGGUACAAAUGAAGUUACAUUCAACGUCCCCUACCUCUACAACUUUAUCAACCACCAAUCUCGCUCGAUCUACCAAUCUCGCAAAGUAGCCAAAACUUACAACCUCUCUCCGACUGGUCUUCCCGGCAAUUCGGACGCAGGAGCUAUGCAAACAUGGCUCAUAUGGAAUAUGCUCGGUCUUUAUCCCAUCACCGCGACCCCCAAUUUCCUAAUCACAUCUCCCUGGUUCGAAUCCAUAACCAUAGAUUUAAGCCCCAGCGGUUCUUCCGCUAGCAAUCGCAAAACACUCACCAUAGCCAGUACAGGCGGUGACGGAAAUGGAGAUUCCAAUUACUAUGUGCAAAGUUUGAAGGUGAACGGUGUUGAAUGGAAUAAGAAUUGGGUGGUUUGGAGUGACAUUUUUGAGGAGGGAGGAAGCAUGGAAUUUGUGUUAGGAAGUGAACCGAGCAGGUGGGAUGAAAAUGGGGAGAGGGUGCCUAGUCCUGCUUCGGAAACGGCUGCAGGAACGAGCAGGUUUAGGAGAGAGAUUUGA